AUGCCACAAGGAGGUGCGGGACAUUCGGUUCCUGUUUCAUCUGCGAGCUCAGCGGCAUACACAGCUACGCCAGUGCACGGUGUACCGUCUGCAGCGGAGGAAAGGGAGUUGUGCGAUAUUGAAAAGUCUGUGUUUACUUAUAUUGCUCUAAAAUGUGUUCAGUUUAAUUGCUGUCAUAUAUUCAGAGCCAUAGCUGAGUCCUUAAUCUCACAAGGACCAUCCGGAAAUCGCUCCUAUGUUUCAUCUCUACCAUCGAAUCCUGAGGAGUUGUUAAGAAAAGAAGGAGUAUCGGUUGGUCUGCACAACACGGGUAACACGUGCUGGUUCAAUGUUGUCGCUCAGCUGCUCUUUCAUUUGCCUCGUUUUCGUCGAAUUGUGUACGAGCAUGGCUCACGAAGCUCACCGUUGGAUAAAAAGGAGACCUCACAGCUUGAUCUGGUGGAACAGAUGCGUUACCUGUUCGCGUGCAUGGAUUUGGGCAAUAAACGGUACAUCGAUCCUUCAGAAGCCCUUAAAGUCGUCAGUGCAUUGGCAGCUCGCAGCAAGAGUGAUGUCAUUCUUGAUGUGGCAAAUUCUUGGAACAAACUUGAAUAUACCUCAUUAUUUCCUGUUCAAGUUUCUCAUGGAAACCUUCACGAUGCCCUUGAAGCUCAUCAAUUUCUUAAUGAUUCCGGGAAAGAGGUAAUUUCGAAUUGUUUUCUAAACAUUCCUUGGUUUGAAUCUUUGCCUGCGGUCCUAAUUUUCUCAUUGGGUCGCUACUUUUUCAACGGUUCGAAAGGUGAAACAGAGAAAUUGAAUAUGAGGUUUCACUUUCCUCGCACAAUCUUUAUGGAUCGUUACAUGGCGAGCAAUUAUGAAAGCAUCAGCGCUAUUCGAGAGAAGAGGAACAUCCUACGUAGUGAGCUGGCCAGUGUGCGUGCUGAGUUGAAAGGGUAUAGUUUGCUGGUAUACGCACUGACAUCGAAUAAGAAAAAAAAGUUAGUUUUAGACUCAAUGAGUUCCCCAUUGGUGAUCGCACUGAUAAAAUUAGCAAUCUCCUUUGCAUGGCUUGUGUAUAUUUUCUUUUAUGGUCUUUCUUCAGAGUUAUGUGCCCGUGAAGCAGAAUUGGUCAAAAUGAUCGACGAGAUCUACGAGCGACAUGAUUUGAAACGGCAUAGAUAUCAGCUUCAUGCAGUGGCUAUCCACCAAGGCCAUGCCAACGCUGGCCAUUAUUGGGCUUACGUCAGAAAAGGAAAUGAUGAUACGCAAUGGGAGAAGUUUAACGACCAAAGAGUUGAGUGUGCCACAUGGAGUGAUAUUGAGACGGAAGCUAUCGGAGGAACUCGAACCACUUCUGCUUAUUUCCUGCUGUAUGUCAGCUCUGCUGCAGAGCCAUGGCUUUUUUCGAGCGAGUUGCUUUUUCACUUGUUCCUUCACUUUAGGUCUCCUUUUAUUAGAGAGAAAUGUUUUCUAGGUGAUACUCCAGCAUCCUUCUUCCUAAAUGAUGACAUCCGAAAGCAAGUGGAAAACGAGAACGCACAUCUGGAAUCGGAAGUGGAGCGUUAUCGGUGCACUCAGAAUGAGGAUGGAAAGGGCAACGAAGAAAUGUACGAUGCGCCUAGUGAUGAUCGAGGUAAUGAGCUGUCUCCACCUUCACUGCCGCUCACUGAAACGGAUCUAUUGACUGGCACUGCUGUAGAAAAGGUAUUUUGUACUAUUAUGAAACCUAUAUUUUUAAGUCUGUGUUCCCAUUGGUAA